ACACAUGAUCUUUGUUUGAGUCCCUGUACAAGGUGCGGCAGAAUCUCCCGUUUAACUUGUAAAAAGUUUGUGUUUUUCUCAGUUUAUGGCGGAUUCCUUAGCUACAGCCACCACAACACGUUAGCAGUGUGUGUGUUUACAGUGGCUCUUUAUCACCUACACACUCUAUUAGAGGAGGGUGUAAGUGCUGGGACAAGUAUGCAGGCCUGUUGUAAAGUGCUUUAAGAGCUUGCGGCUCUGAUUGGUCAGAAUGGCGUCGGGGAAGAAUAAGAACCAGACGUCUCUGGCGCUUCAUAAAGUGAUCAUGGUGGGCAGCGGGGGGGUCGGGAAGUCCGCCCUCACCUUACAGUUCAUGUACGACGAGUUCGUGGAGGACUACGAGCCCACGAAGGCCGACAGCUACAGGAAGAAGGUGGUCCUGGACGGGGAAGACGUUCAGAUCGAUAUCUUGGACACGGCGGGACAGGAGGACUACGCCGCCAUCAGGGACAAUUAUUUCAGGAGUGGAGAGGGCUUCCUGCUGCUGUUCUCCAUCACCGAGCACGAGUCCUUCAGCGCCACCGCAGACUUCAGAGAGCAGAUCCUCAGGGUGAAAGAGGAGGACAGCAUCCCUCUCCUAUUGGUGGGAAAUAAGUCUGACCUGGAGGAAAGGAGGCGGGUCUCCGCUGAAGAGGCGACCAAUCGGGCGGCAGAAUGGGGCGUGCAGUACGUAGAGACCUCCGCCAAAACAAGAGCCAACGUAGACAAGGUGUUCUUCGACCUGAUGAGGGAGGUGCGUAAGAAGAAAAUGGCCGACUGCAAAGACAAGAACGGUCCGAGCGGAAAGAAGAAGAAGAAGCACUGCUGCCUCCUCUAACAGGAAGUCAGACGGACUCUAACAGGAAGAGGAAACACUUCCUCUCACCUGCACAUGUAUAAAAGCCAAAUCUAUGUACCUGUGUGUGAGGUCACUUCCUGUCUCCUGCCUCAAAUUCAUGGCCAAAAGUAAACGGACACUUGGGUUCGUGUCGUCGGGCAGAAAACUCAGCGACCAGAAAAUAUGACUAGAAAUCAGAGACGAAUCGUUGCUCGUUCCAAAAGUCCACUUUAUUUGAGUUUCUCAUGCCCGGAUAUUGGAUCUGCAGAUAAGCAAUGAGUGCACGCUUCAGAGGAGCCUCAAUCGGAUCAGAAAUACCGAAAUAUGUCCGUUGACUUUUGGCCAAACGCUGUAAAAAGAAACCUUCAUUCUGCUGAGGCCUCAUUGUGCUGUGUUUGUGUGCAUGUCAACGGUCUGCAGAGGCUAAAACCCCAAAGUUCUGGAGCACGGUGACGUCACUACGCUCCUAUUGGCUAGCGCUCCGACACAUGAUAUAGGCUAAGGGGGCGGGACUUCUCCAAGCUAACCAAUCAGAGCAGAGUAUUUCCCAAAGGAGGAGAUUUUGUGCCUUAAAGUAUAUAUUUUUUCCACAUUCCUGACGCUCCGCUGCUUCACUCGUCACUCCAUGAACCAUCACGUUUAAAAGGGAAUCUGCUAUUUAAAUCACUCUCUUUCUUCUUGAAGACACUUUACUCCAUGUUUGGGUUUCCCAUGCAGACAAACUACACUCUGUUUCAUAAUAAAAAGAAAUGUUAAAAAAUGAA